AUGGCCGGUCCACCUGGAAAGAAUCAGCUGCGUCGAUGUAUGAUGCUCAGCUUCCACGCAGAUACUAACAUUAUAUCGAAAGAGGCAUAUUUGAGACUCGGGACGAGCAUCGAGCCUUAUUUAGGGGCUCCUAUCCCAGUUUUGGGACUUCAAGAUCGCAAGCCAGUUGGAACUGCAGAAGUGCAGUGGUCUUUUUGUGGGCGCAGCAAGCCUUACCGGACAACGUUCUACGUUGUAGAAGAAGUUGAGUACGACCUUCUCAUCGGAAGACCUUCGAUGCGGCAGCACGAGCUGUAUAGAGUGGAUCCCGCUAUUGCGGAAAGGCUUCGUGAUUCGUAUCGACGUCAGUAG